UUUUCUUUUUCGUGUUUAGCUUCGUAGAUUCUUCUAAGCGAAGAAGAAGAAGAAGAAGAAAGAAAGAAAGAAAGAAGAUAAAGAAAAGGUUAAAUUUGGUUGAUGAGAUCAAUAUUAAAGAAAAGAAUUGGUUUGGAUUGAUAGAUAGAUAAAUCAAUAUGGCCACCGAGACAAAGCAGAGUGUGGUGGCCAGGGUUAAACCAAGCAACUGUCAAGAUGGUUCUUCUUCUUCUUCUUCUAUCAAGAAGAAGAUUAAUAAUUUUAAUACCUCCAGCAAACAACAACAACCACCUGCUUCUGAUUCUAAGCCUAAAUCUGCAUCAACUGUUACUAAAACUGAGGUGAAAUCAAAAACAACAACCAGUUCAUCAAAGACCACAACAACCAGUUCAUCAAAGACCACAAUAACAACAACAACAAAAACUAGAGUGAGGGAGAAGAAAGUGUUCUCCUUGCCUGGCCAGAGAUAUGAUCCUCCUGAGGAGAGGGAGCCCCUUAGGAUAUUCUACGAGUCAUUGUCUAAACAGAUACCAUCUAGUGAGAUGGCAGAAUUUUGGAUGAUGGAACAUGGCUUGCUAUCCCCUGAUAAAGCAAAAAGGGCAUAUGAGAAGAAACAGAGAAAACAAAAGAUGCAACGAAUGGGAACUCCCAUGAAAUCUGCCAAACCACCUAGUAAACCUGAAAGUUCUCAGAAGCAGCAACAGGCUUCAAAGAACGGUGAGUUAAAACCCAAGAAGAGAAUUAUUGACGACAAUGACGAUGAUGACUUUGUUUUAAGUCCCAAAAGAAGGAAAGUGUAAGAAAGAAAAGGGACUUUAUUCUUUUCUUUUAUUUUUUCCCUUUUUUUCUGGGUAAUGGUGUACUAUUUCUAGAAGGCACCCCAUUUAGAUUUCUUUACAUUGAACUGGUUAAGGGGCAGAAUUUCUGAGCACCCUAGCAACUGAUAGAUUGAGACAUUCUUUAUAUUUACUAACUUUUGGAAACAAUAAGCAUGGACCAAUUUCCGAGUUCUUGGUCA